UCUAGCGGACCAAUGAGCGUUACAUAAACACUGUCCUUGAGGAAACAAUGCAGGGAGAAGUUGGGUCGGUAAACAGGCCCAAUUGUUUCCUGUCAUCGUGAAGUUUAGUUCUUUACUCGGCUCAAAAUGUCAGUGAAACAUGCUCUCAGUCGGGGGUUGGAGCUGGGAAGGUCGCUUCUCCAGCUGGGGCUCUUCAAACCAGCCGGCCGUGUGGCAGCGAAGCUCCGCGGUGAGCGGCUGCGUGUGUCCCGCACGACCCGCACCGUCCAGCCGCAGACCUUCCUGCCAGCUCGGUACCGCUUCUUCCGCCUGUCUCUCAGCGGGCUGGCCGCCCAGCUCCAGUCCGGGGCUUUCAGGAGAGUGGUUGGAGGUGGUGCUCCCAGAAACAGAGCUGUUUUUCUGGCUUUUGGGGUGGGUUUGGGGCUGAUUGAACAGCAACUGGAGGAGGACAGGACAAGCGCUGCUCUGUGUCAGGAGAUACAGGCCGUAUUCAGAAAGAAGAAGUUCCAGACCCCUCUGAAGUCUUUUACAUCGGGGUACAAGUUGGAGGAUUAUGUGAUUGGGAAUCAGAUCGGGAAAGGUUGCAAUGCAGCGGUGUAUGAGGCAGCGGCUCCGUUCGCGCCCCCUGCGGAGAGCGGGAAGUGUUCACUGGUGGAAGUCAACCAGAAAGAAACAGAUGAUGACAAUAAGAAAGCAGAACCACUUCGAUUCUCAGCUGCACCCAGCUAUCCUUUAGCUAUGAAAAUGAUGUGGAACAUUGGGGCUGGUUCAUCAAGUGACGCCAUCCUUCGCUCUAUGUCUAUGGAGUUGGUUCCUGCAUGUCCACAGGCCUUACCGAAAGAGCAAGGAGAGAUCGCUUUGGAUGGCCACUUUGGAACGGUGCCUAAAAGACUGACCGCUCAUCCCAAUGUGAUCACAGUGUACCGGGCCUUCACUGCUGAGGUCCCGCUUCUGCCUGGAGCUCAGGAGGAGUACCCCGAUGUCCUGCCUGCCCGACUCAAUCCACUGGGUUUGGGCAACAAUCGCACACUGUUCCUGGUCAUGCAAAAUUACCCAUGCAGCCUGCGACAGUACCUGGGGGUGUGUGUGCCGAACCGGAUGCAGGCGUCUCUCAUGCUGCUGCAGCUGCUGGAAGGGGUGGAUCACCUGUGCAAGCAGGGCAUCGCUCACAGAGACCUCAAAUCAGACAAUGUGCUCCUGGAAUUUGACAGCUCCGGGUGUCCCAGACUGGUGAUCACUGAUUUCGGCUGUUGUCUGGCAGAGGAUUUGGGCCUCAAACUGCCCUUCAACAGCCGGUGGGUUAACAGAGGGGGAAACGCCUGUCUGAUGCCACCUGAGGUGGCCACAGCAGUUCCAGGUCCAGGGGUGAUGAUAGAUUACAGUAAAGCAGACGCCUGGGCUGUAGGGGCCAUCGCCUAUGAGCUCUUCGGUCAGCCGAACCCCUUCUACAGCUCAGAGGGACUGGAGAGCCGCACUUAUCAGGAACAACAGCUUCCUCCACUUCCUGCUGCUGUACCUGAUGAUGUACAGCUAGUAGUGAAGCUACUGCUACGCAGAAACACUCGCAAGCGCCCCAGUGCACGUGUGGCCGCUAACAUGCUUCACAUCAGCCUGUGGGGCAAGUGUGUGUUGGCCAGCUUGGAUCGGGCCAGAAUGGAUGAGCUGUCGGACUGGCUACUGUGUCAGUCUGCUGUGGUUCUGCUGAAGGGUCGAGGGUCUGGCGGGAGCUCUGUGGAAGCUGAACUCCAGAGAUCCUUCCUCGCCAAUAUAGACCUGGAGGACCUCCGCGCCGCACUCAGCUUCCUCAUGUAUGGACAAGAGCAGUGGAAAUCCCUGCUAACGCACUACACUGAACCUUAGUACCAAUAAUUUUUUGUAUCACUUUAAUUUUAAUGCCCAUCACUGACAUAUUUUGAAAUGAUGGCAGUUUAUGCAUUUGCACUUUUCUCUAUAUAUACAUUAAGAAUACUUUAUGCUGUUGAUGACACUUUAGAAUAACAGCUUAAACCAUCAUGCAUAAUGUAAUGCAUUAAAAUCCACAGUAUAUCACAGUAUACUGAAUAUUGCUUAAAAAAGUAGGCAAAUUAAUGCAGAAUAAAUUAUACAGUUGAUGUGUUUUUUUCUGACAGGAUAGUCAAUACAAAUUUGAUUUUAACUUUUGGUAACUGAUUGCAUCAUGAAAUGUUACUUGGGCAGAGUUGGUUGGAGGGGUUGAAAAAGCAAUUUGGAUUUGUGAUGUCACUUCAGAGAUUGAGCAAGUGAUUAUAUUUGGAUGGGUUCGCUAUUACAUUCUUUGGAAUAACUUGUUUAGAUGAAUUGUAUAAUAAGACCAGUCAUUGUGCAUGUGCAUUAAAAGUAAACAGGGUGAAUUUUGAAUGCACGUUGACUUCAUGGUACAUAGCCUGGAAAGGAGAUAAAUGGCAAAAACAAUAAAGAAUUUGAAUAGUA